GCAGAGGCCAUGCUGCUGAAACAGUACCUCCUUUUGCUGGUGGGCUGCCAAGCCUGGACUGCAGUACUGGGCUACUAUGGCUGCCCUAGUGAGUGCACCUGCUCCAGAGCCUCUCAGGUGGAGUGCACAGGGGCUCGCAUCGUGGCGGUGCCCACCCCUCUUCCUUGGAAUGCCAUGAGCCUGCAGAUCCUCAACACACACAUCACAGAACUCACUGAGUCCCCGUUCAUCAAUAUCUCGGCCCUCAUUGCCCUGAGGAUUGAGAAGAAUGAGUUGUCGCAUAUCAUGCCAGGGGCCUUCCGCAACCUGGGCUCACUGCGCUACCUCAGCCUCGCCAACAACAAGCUUCAGGUUCUGCCCAUCGGCCUCUUCCAGGGCCUAGACAACCUCGAGUCUCUGCUCCUGUCCAGCAACCAGCUGGUGCAGAUCCAGCCGGCCCACUUCUCCCAGUUCAGCAACCUGAAGGAGCUGCAGCUGCAUGGGAACCACCUGGAAUACGUCCCUGAUGGCGUCUUUGACCAUUUGGUGGGGCUCACCAAGCUCAACCUGGGCAAGAACAGCCUCACCCACCUCUCGCCCAGGGUCUUCCAGCACUUGGGCAACCUUCAGGUGCUCCGGCUGUAUGAGAACAGGCUCUCGGACAUCCCCAUGGGCACAUUUGACAGCCUCGGUAACCUGCAGGAGCUGGCCCUGCAACAGAACCAGAUUGCAACGCUGUCCCCCGGCCUCUUCCACAACAACCACAACUUGCAGCGGCUCUACCUGUCCAACAACCACAUCUCCCAGCUGCCCCCGGGCAUCUUCAUGCAGCUGCCCCAGCUCAAUCGCCUCACACUCUUUGGAAAUUCACUGAAGGAGCUGUCCCCAGGCAUCUUCGGGCCCAUGCACAACCUCCGGGAACUCUGGCUCUAUGACAACCAUAUCACUUCCAUCCCCGACAAUGUCUUCAGCAACCUCCGCCUGCUGCAGGUCCUGGUUCUCAGCCGCAACCAGAUCAGCUUCAUCUCGCCGGGUGCUUUCAAUGGGCUCUCAGAGCUGCGGGAGCUGUCCCUGCAUACCAACGCACUGCAGGACCUGGAUGGCAACGUCUUCCGCAUGCUGGCCAACCUGCAGAACAUCUCGCUGCAGAACAACCGCCUCCGCCAGCUCCCGGGCAACAUCUUUGCCAAUGUCAACGGCCUCAUGACCAUCCAGCUGCAGAACAACCAGCUGGAGAACCUGCCCAUGGGCAUCUUCGAUCACCUGGGGAAACUGUGUGAGCUGAGGCUCUAUGAUAACCCCUGGAGGUGCGACUCGGGCAUCCUGCCACUCCGCAACUGGCUCUUGCUCAACCGGCCCAGGUUGGGAACGGACACCCUCCCGGUAUGCUCUAGCCCAGCUAACGUCCAAGGCCAAUCCAUCAUCAUUAUCAACGUCAAUACCACUGCCCCCAGUGUCCAGGCCCCGGCCAUCCCGGAGGUACCCAGCUAUGCAGAAACGCCAAGGUACCCUGACACACCCCGCUACUAUCCUGACACACCUGGCUAUUCUGAUACCACAUUCAUCUCCUCCACCACAGAUUUCACCAGCCCCAUGGAAGACUACACUGACCUGACCACCAUUGGGGCCAUUGAUGACCGUGGCACAUGGGGCAUGACCCGGGCCCAGAGCGGCCUGGCCAUCGCUGCCAUUGUGAUUGGUGUCAUUGCCUUGGCUUGCUCCCUAGCUGCAUGCAUCUGCUGUUGCUGUUGUAAGAAGAGGAGCCAGGCGGUCCUGAUGCAGAUGAAGGCUCCCAAUGAGUGUUAG